AUGUCAUCUCCCCCAUCCCCAAACCUCAUUAUCUACCGUGGAUGGUUCAACCCCGGCCUCUACGUCUGGUCUCCGUUCGUGAUCAAGCUCGAGGCCCGUUUGCGCUUCGCCAAUAUCCCCUACAAAACUGCCGUGGGGUCCGUGAGAACAGCUCCCCGGGGGAAAAUACCCUACAUUGAAAUCAACGACGAAGGAUCCUCCAGUUGCAUUGGCGACUCGACCCUGAUCAUCAAACAUCUGAUCGAACGUAAUAUCCUCGCGGAUCUAAACGGGAAGCUUUCUCCCGCAAACAAGACACACGAUUUGGCUCUUCGUGCGCUCUGUGAGGAUAAACUUUACUUCUAUAAUACCCACGAGCGGUGGACCCAAAACUACUAUACCAUGCGGGACCACAUCCUCGGCGCAAUCCCCUACCCGGUCCGCGUUAUCGUCGGCCUCCUGAUCUAUCGUGGCUCCGUCAGGACCCUGCACGGCCAAGGAACGGGUCGGUACUCUCGAGCGGAGAUCCAGAUGUUUCGGAAUGAGGUUUGGGAAAGCCUCAAUGGGAUGCUAGCUGCCGCACAAGCCGAAGCUAAAGACGGCGAUGACCGUCCGUUUUGGAUUCUGGGCGGCGAUGAGCCUACCGAGGCGGAUGCAACGGUGUUUGGGUUUAUUGUUUCAGGGUUGAUUUGUACUGCUGGACCUGCGACGAGAAAGUUGAUGUUGGAGUUUCCAGCCAUUCGGGAGUAUGCAGGGAGAAUUCACGAGGCGUUUUUCCCUGACUAUGAAAAGUGGUCGGAGAAGUGA